GAGUAUGUUACGGUACCAUGAGUAUAUUUAUUUGUAUGUUAGGGACACUUACUAGCUUUAUAUUAAAUGCUUAUUAAGAAAAUUCAAAAAUAAAUUAUCAAUUAUUCUGCUUUAUCAAAACUAUUCCAAAAAUAUGCGGAACUUAGGAUAGGACAUUAUGGCAAAUUAAAAUACUGUUUUAUUCAUUUCAUCUGGAUUCCAAUGAUUUUGUGUAAAAAACGUGGACAAUUUAGUAUUAUGAAAAAUAAUGAUACAUACAAAAUGAAAAUUAUGAUUUUCACAUAAAUGAGAAAAGUUUUUUUUAACGUAUAAUAUUCCUACUUAAAUUCAAAUAUUUUAUACUGUCAAGAUCACGCACAUUUAUCCUAUGCGACUUGUACUUGUUUUUCCAUUACAAGUGCUCGACAGAAAUUAAUAUUUUUAUUUUGUAAAUCAAUGAUAAUACCGAUAAAACACAAUAAAAUUUUGAUUUAACAAGAGCAAAACUUGUAUCGUUAAAGUCACAUUGUUGUAACAUUUACCACAUUGUGUAAUAUACCAGUGAGAAUUAUCAGUAAUAAUAAAAAUUUAAGAGCUAAAAAUAACAACGAAACUGAAAAUGACAAGUGCUACUAAAGUUAAUCCUGAUUUGAGUGAUGAAAGAAAGAAAGUAGAAUUUGAUGUUGAAGAGUUUACUAAUUGGUAUUAUAAAGGCGCAGAAAAUGUUGCUGAAAAGAGAUUUCUUGAAAACUUUUUCUUAUCUGACCCUGAGUUGGAGGAUAAAGUGCCAACAAGUUAUUUAAGCCACAAAGAGAAAUAUGAAAAUGCAGUGCGUAAGGCUGUUCUUGUUGUUAAUAAGAUCAAAGAACUUCAGGCUGAUGGAAGAGGCGGUGUUGACAUUUAUAUGGCUUUGUUAGGUGGAACCCUUGGUACAGCAAUUUUUCGCGAAGCAAAUCCAAUAACUGUUCAUUUCGUUAUGUUUCUACCAGCAAUAAUGAAUCAUGGCACCAGUGAUCAGCAAGCAGAAUGGAUAUCUCGUGCAUGGAACUGUAACAUAAUUGGAACGUAUGCUCAAACAGAGUUAGGUCACGGAACUUAUAUACGUGGUCUUGAAACAACAGCAACUUAUGAUCCAAAAUCAAAAGAAUUUAUUCUGAAUUCCCCAAAUCUUACAUCAUACAAGUGGUGGCCAGGUGGCUUAGGACAUACUACAAAUUAUGCUAUUGUUAUUGCCCAACUUCAUUCACUUGGAAAAUGUCACGGUAUUCAGCCUUUCAUUGUACAACUUAGAGAUGAAGAAACGCAUAUGCCACUGAAGGGUAUAAAAAUUGGUGAAAUUGGAAAUAAAGUUGGAAUGAAUACGGUCAAUAAUGGAUUUUUGGCAUUUGAUAAUGUGCGUAUUCCACUGAAAAACAUGUUAAUGAAAAAUGCAAAAGUAUUAGAAGAUGGACAAUUUAUUAAACCCAAAAGUUCAGUUCUUACUUAUGGUACAAUGAUGUUUGUGCGUGUUGUUAUACUGAAGGAUAUGGCAAGUUACUUAUCAAAGGCAGUAACUAUUGCAUUAAGAUAUUCUAUGGUUCGUCGACAAAGUCCGAUUGAGCCAAAUAAACCUGAACCGAAAAUAAUAGAACAUGUCACUCAACAAUAUAAAAUAUUUCCUGCUAUCGCCAAAGUUAUUGUAUUUAAAAUAACUGCCGAAUUUUUGUGGGAUAUGUACAAUCAAGUCACACAUGACCUCGAUAAAGGUGAUUUAGAAAGACUCCCAGAAUUACACGCUAUUUCAUGUUGUCUUAAGGCUGUUUGCACAAAUGAGGCUGCCCAAGCAGUUGAAAUAUGUCGUUUGUCAACUGGUGGACAUGGUUAUCUUAACUCGGCAGGCUUUCAAGAUAUUUAUGGAAUGGUUACGGCUGCACAAACAUACGAAGGAGAAAAUACUGUAAUGUUCUUACAAACUGCAAGGUACCUGAUCAAAUGCUGGGAAAAGGCAAUGAACGGCGAAAAACUUACUCCAACAGUUUCAUAUUUGGAAAACUUUAUCAAGGGACGCAAUUCAAGGCAAUCAUUCCAAAAUUCACCAUCCGGUAUUUUGAAAGCUUUUCAAUUGGCAGCCGCUAAAAAAAUUGCCGAAUCCAAUAAGCAUUUAGAAGAAAGAAAAAAAUAUCUUUCACCAGAAGAAGCUACAAAUCAAACUGGUCUGGAACUUAUUAACGCUUCAGAAUUGCAUUGUCAAGCAUUUUUGCUACAAGCAACAAUUGAAGUAUUAGAAGAUUCAACAAAACAAACAUCUCUUCAAUUAAGAAGUGUUUUGAAAGAUUUGCUAGAAUUGUAUUCUGUCGAUUUGGCUUUAAGAUACACCGGAAGUUUGCUGGAGUUUGCAAAUAUGACAUCAAGCGAUAUCGAAUUUCUGCAACGAUCGUUGGAAGCGUUAUUGAAAAAGUUAAGAUACAAUAUUCUUGGAAUAGUAGAUGGAUUUGAUCAUCCAGAUCAAAUUCUUGGAUCUGUUUUAGGAACUUAUGAUGGGAACGUGUAUGAAAACUUAAUUAAUGCUGCAAUGAAAUCGCCAUUAAAUCAAGAAGAUGUUAAUAAAUCAUUCCAUUUAUAUUUGAAACCCUUCAUGAAAUCAAAUUUGUAAAAAUAAGAAAUUUUCAUUCAUCAUUGACAAAAAAAAAAGGUGGAAGAUUUGAUUAGAUUGCUUUUCACUUUUAUUCCAUAUAUUGUAUUUCGUAUUUCAUUAUAACUCAUACGGUUCCUUAAUCUUUCCUGAAAAUUGAGGCUUUGAAAUAAAGUUAACUAUGAACCAGUAUUUACACUGGAUAAAUUUCUACCUACCUUAUAUACUCACAUAUUUUUUUAAAUUGUGAAAAGUUAUGGUUAUUAUUUUUAUAUCUGAAUAAAGCACGUUUGAAAAACAAUAAAAUCUUAAGACAA